CACAAAUUGAGCUGCCGAUCCGCGCCAUCGAAUAAUUGCCAUGGGAUUCGCGCACUCGCUCGAGGUGCUGUACGCGCUGCUGCGGCUGUACGCGAGCGGUGCUGCAUCGUCUACUAGCUUCUCCGAUGUGCCCUAUCCACAUCUACAGCAGCGACUGCAGCAAACUCUACGCGCGGUUGCUCUCACGGCCUUCGGCGCCGUGUUCAUUCCAUUGUUGCUACUUUGUCUGCUGCCGCUGCUCUCUCCGCUGGAAUUCCCGGGCUUCACUGCGUUCCUAUUGGUGGUUGCUUCACUAUGGACCGCUGCAGUUGCCCAUUUGACGUUCCGGUACGCGCUGCUGCCUACUCCGCGACGAGUGGAGACCGAGCCGGUCCGCGGAGGGCUCCAAGCUGCUGUCUGUGCCAUAGUGGACGCCAUAACGCGUAUGCGCGAGCAGCCGCAGCUGCCCGUGUUGCUUCUUCUCUGUGUAAUCCACUCGUACGUCUGGAAAUUCGUGUUAUACUACGGAAUGGCGUCCAGCGCCCACGUUGCUGCGGAUUUUGGAUCAUUCACAAUCGCUGGCGGCCUCGUGGCGUUCGUGUCUUUCGUGCUGAUGGAGAAAAGCCUGGCUGAAGAUCCGUUCGUGCUGGACCCGCGUGCGGCUUUUGUGAGAGCCAUGCAGAGAGAUGUGGUGCGUGCUGUGCGCCGCGGAGUGCUCGUAUACAUUGUUGGACGUGCGUGGAGCUGGGUAUUCGGUGGCAGUGAGGUGGAUCUGGGCGGGACAGAGUCAGGAUUCUUCUCGCUGCAUUCUUCUAGAGUGACGUUCCAGAUUACGACCAGUUUUCUGGAGAAUCUUGCUAUCUUGAGCGCUGCGUCGGUGUUCAGGAUCUUGCUGUUCCGCGCGAGUCACCAGGUGUUAGGCGGUGCUUUUGGUGAGACCAAAAACUUGUGGGACUCGCUUGCAAGUGUGAAACCUAAGGAAGGAGACGUCGUGAGUGCUCUGUUUGCGACGGAAGUUACGACGAACCCGCAGCAUACCACGCCGCUGAAUAAACAGUAUCUACAGGGUCUGCACAAGCGCAUGGACGCAGCGGUGAAGAAGAUCUCAGACAAGAAGACGCCAAAAGCUCCUGCAGACGCAGAAGCUGUGGAGAUUUUAGACAGUUUGUUUAAGUUUGAGAACUUACUCACUGGAUGCAAGUUCGAUGCUGCUGCACGAGAAACGCUCUUCACGUCUCGGGAUCGCUGGAAUGCGUUGUUCAGCACAACGACGGCGGUGGUGGAUGGCUUCACGUUGAUGUUGCAGCUGCUGAAUACACUGCCGGACAGGAAGGGCGAUGCAGGUGACAACUCAUCUACUGGCGCCUUGGCUCUUGAGCGGUCUGUCGCUGCUUUGUUGCGCUUCUUGAACUCGCAACAAGACGCCCACCCGCUACUUCUGCUCCAGCAAUAUCCUCAUCUAGCGAACCUUCGUAUCUCCUCUUCUAGUGUGAAGUCAUCCAUCAGGUUUUUCGUCGAGUCGAAGCUGCAGCUCGCGAUUCGCCGCUACUUGGUGGAAGAAGCACGUCGGCGUGUGUUCCAGCGCGUGAGGGUAGUUUGUGCAGCUGAAUCGUUGCUGUGUCACCUCGUUAGUGUCUCGCGUGAGGAGGACAAGCAGGGAUAUGUUCAGGUAAGUCUCUGUUUCUUUGUGAACUGCUGCUGCUAACUAUUGACAUUGUCUUUUUGUUCUGUAGCACACUGUACCUGCUGUAGUUUCGUCGCUCUUGGAGUGCCGCAAUGCAUUGGACGCAUACAUGGAGACGUGCUUGAAGGAGAGCAGUACGACCGAUGUCUACGUGCAACAAGCCACGGCCCUAGCAAAAGGAAUCGACAGCGGUAUUUAUCGCAUCACUGAGGUAUUUCAAGGUGAGUUGUCCUUGUUCAAGUUCCCUCCAGGCGUCAAGAAGGCGCUGCUGGCGUACGCGAGCUUCGGAUCUUAGAGAAUAGUGUGGCGCCAACGAUUCUGAUCAUUCCAACAGUGUCAUUGCUUCCCAAUUCUGCAACAUUCUAGUUACUGUUCGGGUUUUUGGAAGUCAAAUUUCCCUUUCGCCAAUGCUGUGUCGAAGUCGACCAUCGCAAUGCACUGCGCAACCAUAGACAUAUCAGUCAGAAUCACCGGACAAGAUGCCUUGGUAUCUAACAUUUCGUACCUGUUCGUCUACAGGAGCGUUGGCAGGUAUCCGCUGCAUGGCUUGGAUCGCUGCAGAUUGGCACAGCGCUAUCAGUGACGCUGCAUUAGCACCUUCUGUCUCUAGGACCAGUUUGGUGAGCUCGACGUCUUGGCUCCAUGGCAUCUUGUUGCAUUGAAUCUCCAGAAUGGCGUUACGUUCGUUGGCGUUAGGCAGCCCAACAUACACGACAUUCUCGAAGCGACCUAGAAAGAGAAAAGCAUAGCAGGUAAAACAGGCUCUGUUGGAUCAAAGGUGAAAUUAUCACACGCACCAGGCUGAAGGAAUGCCGGAUCGAUGGCAGACAAGGCGUUUGUAGCUGCGAGAACAAAGAUCCGACCAGCAGCAACGUCAGAGGCAUGAGCUUUGCUAUCAUCAGAUACCGCCUUCAGUGCAUCGAGCUCCAUCAGCAGCUGAGAAAUCAUUCGAGAUGUUGUCUGGCCUGCCGUUGAUCGGCUGCCAAAUAGUGAUUGGAACUCGUCGAUGAAGAUCAUACACGGACUCAGUGCCCGGGCAGUAUCGAACGCACGAGUAAUGGCCUUCUCACUCUCACCAAUCUCAGCUUUCAUUAGAUCGCUAGCUGACAGAUUGAGGAAGUUGCAUCCGCUUGCCUUGGCUGUUGCUUUGGCGAGCAUGGUCUUUCCUGUACCUGGAGGACCGUGCAGCACCAUACCUAAAGGCGAUGAGAUUCCCAUUCGACGAAAAACUUCCGGCUUCUCCAACGGCCACACAACCAUCUCGAUCAAGUUUUGCUUGACGCGCUCUAGACCGCCGAUAUCGCUCCACGAGACAUCUGGGACCGAAGAGCUAAGAGUAUCUGCACCGUUGCUGGUACUGGAGAUUUCACGUGCUGAAGCCGCGAUUUCCGAUUCAAGUUUCUCUACGCUGACAUCCUGGCUGUCUCCACUUGACAGACGCGUACAGAUUUGUUGAGCAAUGGACGCGAUGUUGCUUGGCCUUUGACCGUAGCGAACCGCUAACGACAUGAGAAAUUCGCGGCGCAGUAGCUUUGACCGAGGUACCAAUGAAGUUAAUAAUUCAACGGUCCAUUGGUUGUCAGGAACCUGUUGAACCACAGCAAUGAUUACUGAGUUAAUGUGGCGGAUAGAGUAAAUUCAUUGAGCAACACCUACAUCAAGAAAUACUUCCUCAGUGAAGAGCUGUCGCACUUUUGAAUGCAGAGCACUAAGUACUGACACGG